CUGCUAUGUGCACCCUCUGCCAAUAUGACCUGCAGACAGUGCCUGACAGGGUACAAGGCUGCAACAAGUUUGCUCCGUGGGGACCUUGUCCUCCUACCCACAGUGGUGGCAAUGCUUCUCCUCUGUGCAAGUGCUGGCCCAGCAGUACCCACUGCCAGCUCCCGGAGUGGGUUCCCUGCAGACUGCAGCCAUCUCCGCAAGACCAGCCCCAGCGGGGUGUACGUCAUCCAGCCAGCAGGGUCUCCCCCACGCGUGGUGUGGUGCGACAUGGACACUGAAGGCAAGGGCUGGACUGUUGUCCAGAGAAACUCUCAGGACACUGAGCUCACAUGGAAGCAAUCCUGGACCACCUACAAGUAUGGCUUCGGGAACGUGCAGGGUGAUCACUGGUUGGGCACCGAGUACCUGCACCUGCUGACACAGCAGGGCACCUACAAGGUCCGCUUCAUCGUACGGAAUAAAUCCAACGUCACCCAUUACGCUGAGUAUGACAUCUUCAGGGUGGAGAGUGAGGCUAGUGGGUACCCACUGAGGCUGGGCCGGUUUUCUGGUGAUGGGGAUGACUAUCUGACCAGCUAUCACCCCAAGAAGGGGGGCAUACACGACAACAUGAAGUUCAGCACGACCGACAGGGACCAGGACCAGUACAGUGGGAACUGCGCCAACAGCUAUGGGGGCUGGUGGUACGACAGGUGCCAGAAUGUCCUGCUUAAUGCCAAAAAACACAUCCUUUGGCCAGGAUUCUGCGAUAAUGGUGACUGCACAUCCUCCCUCGUCCUGGUCAAACCCACAGAUGUGUGCUGACCGUGCCGCAGCACCCAGCCUCCCAGGAGUUUGGGGGAGUGCCACCAUCCCCAGCUCAGCACCCUAUUCCCGUGCCUGCCAACAGCCCUGUGCCAGUCCCAGUGCACAUCCUGCACUGCCUGCAGCACCUGCACCAUCACCAGCUGAAACACAGCAGCUCUGGGGCUCAAGAGCAAUCGCCUGGAGCUCUGGGCACACGGG